AUGCCCGCCGAGAGUCCCCUUUUCCCCCCGCUCUGCUCCAAGAUGGCGUCGAUGCGGGAGAGCGACACUGGCCUGUGGCUGCACAACAAACUGGGUUCUACGGACGAGCUGUGGGCGCCUCCGAGCAUCGCCUCGUUGCUCACGGCGUCAGUCAUUGACAACAUCCGCCUCUGCUUCCACGGCCUCUCUUCGCCUGUCAAGCUCAAGCUCCUGCUGGGAAUACUGCACCUGCCCCGGCGGGCUGUGGACGAGAUGAAAGGUGCACUGACUGAAAUUAUCCAGCUUGCUACCUUGGAUCCAGACCCCUGGGUCUUAAUGGUGGCUGAUAUUUUAAAAUCCUUUCCAGAUAUUGGCUCCCUUAACCUUGAUCUGGAAGAGCAGAAUCCCAAUGUUCAGGAUAUUUUAGGAGAAUUGCGAGAAAAAGUGAGUGAAUGUGAAACAUCAGCCAUGUUGCCAUUGGAAUGCCAGUACUUAAAUAAAAAUGCCUUGACCACAUUGGCUGGACCACUUACACCUCCAGUGAAACACUUCCAGCUGAAACGGAAACCAAAAAGUGCCACUCUCCGAGCAGAGCUCUUGCAGAAGUCUACUGAAACUGCACAGCAGCUCAAGAAGACAGCUGGAGUGCCUUUCCAUGCCAAAGGAAGGGGGCUGGUCAAAAAAAUUGAUACAACAACUCCACUCAAAGGAAUACCGAAACAAGCUCCAUUCAGGAGUCCCACAGCUCCGAGUGUAUUUAGCCCUGCUGGAAAUAGAACUCCUAUUCCACCCUCAAGAACUCCUCUGCGUAAAGAGAGAGGAGUAAAGUUACUAGACAUCUCAGAGCUGGAUAUGGUUGGUGCUGGCCGGGAAGCAAAAAGAAGAAGAAAGACCUUAGAUACAGAAGUGGUGGAAAAGCAGGCAAAGGAGGAAACAAUUGUAGAAAAUGCUACCCCAGAUUAUGCUGCUGGGCUCGUUUCUACUCAGAAACUUGCGUCUUUGAAUAAUGACCCUGCCCUGGCAUCUACAAGUUAUCUGCCAGCAGCACCCAGUGUCGUGCCAUCCUCCGUGCCAUCCUCCUCCUAUGUACCAAGUUCUGACACACAGCCAGCUGGAUCUGUUCGGGAACCCUUGCAAGCUAAAGAAGAGCCUGCUACGCCAACCACCACUGUUGUCCCCACUCAAUUUAAGCAAAGGACGCCCAUGUACAACAGUAAUGCAAAUGUUGCUUCAGUGACACCUACCUCUCCUGUGACCCCUCCAGCCACUUCUCCAGCGGUGCAAGGGCCACAGGCGGCUCCUCAACAGGCCGCACCCAAGAAAAACCUCUCUUUAACAAGAGAACAAAUGUACGCAGCACAAGAAAUGUUCAAGACAGCAAACAAAGUGACAAGGCCGGAGAAGGCUCUUAUUCUUGGAUUCAUGGCAGGAUCCAGAGAAAACCCUUGCCAAGAACAGGGCGACAUAAUCCAGAUCAAACUGAGCGAGCAUACAGAAGUGCUGCCAAAGGCUGAUGGUACUGGAAGCACCACCAUGCUAGUUGACACAGUCUUUGAAAUGAACUAUGCUACUGGCCAGUGGACCAGGCUAAAGAAAUACAAACCAAUCACAAAUGUUUCUUAAACAAUUCAGUAACAGAAAAGUGUCGACCAAACAGACCAUAGCAUAAGCCAGCUUGUACGUUGUGUGUCGACUAGGCAGAACAACAUUCCUGUGUGGGCCUCAUUGUAACCAUCCAGCGUAAUAGCUGUGAUCAGCUAAAGUAGCAGGAGAGAAGGAAAUGGCGGUGCAUAUUUUAUUAAAGGAUUGGGGGUAGGUGCAGUGAUUCAGGAAGGUCGAAUGUUCAGAGCUGAAACACUUCUACCUUUAGGAGAAGGGUUAAUCUUCCUAUGCCUUGAGAGAGCCUUCCAGCAGGACGGAUUUUACAGUAGCAGCGCUUGGUCAAUUCUCUAGAUUCUGUGUUUAAAAAUGGGCACUGCUCUUUAUGUGAAGUUUCUUUUUCUCUUCUGCAGCUGACUGUAGGUGGUAUAUGC